UUCAGAAGUGUAGCAACCGAUCGAGACCUUGAUUUUUCCAGUAGAGUGAGCUUUUAACGUAUUAUAAUGUCAGUAAUGGAUUGUCCGGUAACGUAAAUGAAAUUCAAAAAUUAAUUCUGUAAUGUGACAAAAGUGAAUUUAUUUAGUUCCCCUCAGUGAUACCUUGUGAACACAAUGCAAGUUGCUACUUUAUUUCGUGAAGCUACUACUCUAUUAGGUGCUGGUAUGGAAGCACCUGAAGGAACAGGGCUCAAACUUGACUGUUACAGAAGUGGUUACCAAGAUAGUGGAACUUUGAAACCUGAACCACCACAUGAUGAUGGAUAUGAAACUGCUGGAGGAGGGGAACUUGACAUGCCAAACCAUCAUCAUGCUCAAGCACAUAUGGCUAUGGUUUCAAAAAUGGGAAACCACUUACAGGAUAGUAUAUUGAAGUACAAUAUGCCUGAAGAUCCCUAUUCUUUUGUCGAUGAUGAACACAUGAUAGCACCAGUUCAGUGUUCACCAGUCAUAAUGCAGCAAGUGCCAAAAAAAAGAGGAAGGAAAAAAAAAAUUAAAACAGAAGAUAUUUCUUUACUUGGUCACAAUCAGACAGGAAUGGGAUAUCAAAGUUUAAUGGGUUGCAUAACCCAUCCAUUAAAAGAUCCUAACUCGAUGAAAGUUGUCAAAGAAAGGAAAAAGCAUGACCGAUUCAAUGGAAUGCCAGAAGAAGAAGUUUCUAAAAGAACCCUACCAGAUCAUUUAACACAAAAUUUGGAUAUUGUAAUUAUUGGAAUUAAUCCUGGUUUGUUUGCUGCUUAUAAAGGACAUCACUAUGCUGGACCUGGAAACCAUUUUUGGAAAUGUUUAUAUUUGUCUGGACUGACACCUGAACCUAUGACUGCUGAUGAUGAUUAUAAAUUACUUAAAGUUGGUAUAGGUUUUACCAAUAUGGUUGAAAGAGCUACAAAAGGUAGUGCUGACUUGACCAGGAAAGAAAUAAAAGAAGGCAGUCAAAUUUUGCUGGAAAAAUUACAGAAGUUCAAACCAAAAAUAGCUGUAUUUAAUGGUAAACUGAUUUUUGAAGUUUUUUCUGGUAAAAAAGAUUUCAGUUUUGGAAGGCAACCUGAACUAGUUGAUGGCACUAACACAUAUAUGUGGGUAAUGCCUUCUUCAAGUGCUCGCUGUGCUCAACUACCUCGUGCUGCAGAUAAAGUUCCAUUUUAUGCUGCAUUGAAAAAGUUCCGUGAUUAUUUAAAUGGAACAGUUUCUGAAAUUGAUGAUAAAGAAUUAGUAUUUUCAUAUUCUAAGCUCAAAAACUUUUUUGAACCAGACAUAAAAGAAGAAGGAAAAGAUGGUCAAUGUGUAUAUAAUUAUAAUAAAGUGAAUAGCUUGACAGACAUUAGUAAUUCAGCUAAAAAAGAAGAUGAACCACCUCAACCAAAAAAAAAACGUGGUCGUCCUAAAAAAAUUAAAGUAGAAGGUGAUCAGAAACCUGAGGAACCUAAACCUAAAAUUGAUGACAAGACUGGUGCACCAAAGAAGAAAAGGGGUAGGCCCAAGAAAAUUAAAAUUGAAAGUGAAAGUGUUAAUCAUUCUGAACAUAGUAAUCCACCAAACCAUUGCUUUUCUCCUCCUAUUCAAUCUCCAAAUAUGCAAAGUUUCCCUAUUUAUCAACCCCCUCAUUAUAGCCAAAGUUCUCAAUCUCCUCUCCCUAAUAACUUUCAUCAGUCACCAUUGCAAACACAUGGUUAUAAUCAGUCACCACAGCCUCCUUCAUUUACUCAUUCUGAUUUAUCUUCAGAAAUCAGUGCUGCUAUUUCUUCUGAACAGAAUCCAGAAUCUCCUACAUUAGGGCCUCCUGAUUUUGAACCUCCAGCUAAUCUGUCAGAAGAUGUUAGUAAAAGUCCAGAAGAAAAGGAAGAAGACUGUCAUUUUUCUAGUCCCCAGUCAAAAAAAAGUUAUCAGAAUUAUGAUGAGUUUUCUACUGAUUCUGAUUCUGGAGUUCGAUAUCCAGCGAAACCAAUGAACCAAGAUGUGUCUUCUAAAAGCUUAUCAGGUUUAGAAUCUUUGGUUGACCAAAUUCCUAAUAUAACAGAUGGAGAGCCCCAGCAUACUGUAGGAAGUGGAGAAAGUGAGCAUAUGGGUUCACAGUAUUCAGAAGAUUCUGCCUAUUUAUCAGAUUAUCCUCGUUCUUCCCACUUUAGCCCUCAAUAUAAUACAACAACAUCUAAUUCAUAUAUGCAGCAACAUAGCAAUUUUUCUGUUACAUCAUUGGCAAAUAGUUCAGCAUCUGACUCAACUUUCUCAGUUAGUUCUCUUGCUGGAAAUUACAGUUCACCAACUUAUCCCAACAUAAUGGGACCUCCAAUGCCUGCUGUAAUGGAAUCUAACUCAUCCCUUUUCCCAAAUCCUCUUGAUAGAGCUUGUAGAAUUGAUUCUAGUGUUAAUAUGUCUGGUAAUCCUGCGAUUCCAUAUCCCUACUCCCAAUAUUCUAAUCCAUAUUCGAAUUCAAGCAGUGGGUUUUACCCUCCAACUCCCAAUUUACAUAUGCCUAGUCCCAAUUUUCCUUACCCACCCUAUCCUAACUCUUCAUAUCCUCAACCCAGUUAUUUGCCAAAUCAUAUGUUUGACAGAAUUAAACCAGACCGGAUGGAUAUUGGGUUCGGAAGCUUUUGAUAACUUUUAUUGCAUCUUUAUAUUCUCCCUACUCCUUAAAUCAUUAUUAUCAUAAAAUAUCAUUUUAUUGUAAAU